AGAUUUUUUUUUUCAUUCGCCGCCGUGAAACCUUCUCAAACACUAGAAACACGGCGAGAAAUCCGAGCAACCACCGUCAAUGGCUUCUCUUCUCCACUCUUUCCAAACCCUACGCUCCCCUCUCUCCCUCUAUCCCUCCUCCGGGGGCGCCAUGGCCGUAGCUCCGCUCUCUCAUCGACCACAUCUCGGUUUCUUCACCAAAAGUGACUCAUCUUCUCCAUUUCUUCGCCGAGAUUGUGUGGUGGCGAGGUUUAGUCCUGGGCCUAUGCUUCCUGACCUUGAGAGUGUUGAUGAGUUGGUCCGUGAGGUGCUUGGCCGGGCGGAGGGCGUUAUUUACACUAUCGCCGAUGCUGCGGUUUCUUCUUCUGAUGCUGUUGCUGCUGGUCAAGGUUCUAAGCAGAGUGCGGAUUGGCUCUCUGGCAUCACCAAUACUCUUGAGUCUGUGUUAAAGGUCCUGAAGGAUGCGCUUUCAGCUUUGCAUGUUCCAUAUUCUUAUGGUUUUGCAAUUAUUCUUCUUACAGUUAUCGUAAAAGCUGCUACAUUUCCCCUGACAAAGAAACAGGUUGAGUCAGCAUUAGCUAUGCGAUCACUGCAGCCCCAAGUGAAAGCUAUCCAACAACGUUAUGCAGGAGAUCAGGAAAGGAUACAACUUGAAACUGCUCGAGUGUAUAAAUUAGCCGGUGUGAACCCUUUAGCAGGGUGCCUGCCUACCUUGCUUACUAUUCCGGUUUGGAUUGGAUUAUAUAGGGCUCUCUCAAAUGUGGCUGAUGAGGGACUACUAACAGAAGGCUUUUUCUGGAUACCUUCCCUCUCUGGUCCUACUACAAUAGCUGCUCGGCAAAGUGGUAGUGGGAUUUCUUGGCUUUUUCCUUUUAUUGAUGGUCAUCCACCUUUGGGAUGGUCAGACACUCUAGCAUAUCUUGUUCUACCUGUUUUACUCAUUGCUUCGCAAUAUAUUUCAGCUCAAGUCAUGCAGCCAUCACAGGUUAAUGAUCCUAGCCAGAAGAGUGCCCAAGCUGUAACUAAGCUCCUUCCAUUGAUGAUCGGUUACUUUGCUCUUUCAGUUCCUUCUGGUUUGAGUCUAUAUUGGCUUACAAACAACAUUCUGAGCACCGCACAGCAGAUAUGGCUUCAAAAGCUAGGUGGUGCAAAGAACCCGGUCAAGCAGUUCAGUGAUAGAGCUGCUAAGGAAGAAUCCUUCAACAUGCAGAGCUCUCUGUCUGAAAUCCAGAAAUCUGUCCAGGAUCUUGAAAUUGAUAAAUCAAAGGAUAGUCAAAGAGAAAAGGUAAAUUCAGGUGGAUUGCAGCCUGGUGAAAGGUUUAAGCAAAUUAAGGAGCAGGAAGCAAGAAGAAGGAAACAAAGAGAAGAACAGAGAUUAAAAGAGGCAGAGGAAGUUUCUUUUGUAAUUAAUGAUCAACAGAAUUUAGAUAAUAAACUAGUUGAGAAAAAGAUUGAGCAGAUAAAUGGAAAUCCAAAACCGACUUUGGAGGAAAACAAUUUAGAGAAAGAUAUACCUGUGGAAAGCGAUGGUGAGUCAAAUAAUCAUGCAGGUCCAAGAGUAACGGAUGAAAGCAGUCCUCAUGGCGAUGCAUAGAAGUAAGAAAAUGGCGUGGAGCCUAAAUUGCAAGUAUUCACCACCAACCUGAUCCCUAUUCAUGAUGUUUCGGACUUGGAAAAUUCAAGAAACAGAGAUGGAAUUUGGGUGUUCUCUUUAUUUAUACAAUGGAUAAUCUUCAAUGACAUGGGACAUUCUGCUCACCGUGAUCGACUCUGUCUCAGACGUGAAAGAACAACUCUGUCUCAGACAUGAAAGAACGGGAAGUGGACAUAAUAUGCUGUACGAUAUAAUCAUGAACUUGGCAAACAUUACAUGAAACAUUAGUGAUGUAUUACUGUCUAAUUAUGUUCUGAGUCACCAAGUCAAUGAGUUGUAUAACCUUGAUGCUGAUGGUUUUUCCAAUGGUUUUGGUAAAUCGAACUCUUAUUGGAGUUCGAUCUGUAAUUCAUCAGUUUAGUACGUCUGCAGAAUUCUAACUUCAAAGAUGAAUAGAACGGAGGUUUCUAUUUUCCUCCGCUAUGUUUUUUUUUU